ACCACGGGUGGCGCUGUAGCGACCUUCUUGUCAAAAAAAAAACUCCCUUCUUUCCUGCACUUGUCGACUCGUGCUGAAAACACAGCGGAAAGAGCUCUGAACAACGCUAGCAGACAGCUAGCUUAUUUUAUUCUUUAUUCUCUUUAUUGUGUGUGUUGUAGCUUAUGCAGAGAGAUGUGGUUUAUUUAUUUACUGAGCUGGCUGUCGCUGAUCGUCCAAGUGUCCUUCGUCACUCUAGCGAUAGCGGCUGGCCUAUACUACUUGGCAGAACUAAUAGAGGAGUACACAGUAGCCACAAGUCGAAUAAUAAAAUACAUGAUCCUGUUCUCCACAGGUGUGCUGGUGUGUCUCUACGUCUUUGAAGGUUUCCCUCUGUUCAUGGUGGGCGUCGGCCUCUUCACAAACCUGGUGUAUUUUGGCCUCCUGCGAACCUUUCCCUACAUUAUGCUCAGCUCUCCCAACUUCAUCCUCUCCUGUGUGUUAGUGGUGAUGAACCACUACAUGGCCUUCCAGUACUUUGCGCAAGAGUAUUACCCGUUCUCCGAGGUGCUGUCCUACUUCACCAUCUGCCUGUGGGUCAUCCCGUUUGCCUUCUUCGUGUCGCUGUCAGCGGGAGAAAAUGUACUUCCAUCCACCAUGCAGCAAGGAGACGACGUUGUGUCAAAUUAUUUCACCAAGGGCAAACGGGGCAAGAGGUCUGGGAUCCUCCUCAUAUUCUCCUUCCUCAAGGAGGCGGUACUGCCCAGCCGACAGAAAAUGUACUGAAGGGCUCGGAUUCAGGGGGGGCCGGGGAUGUGUGGGUGUCUGGAGAAGUUGGACAACGUGCGGUAGAGCAAGAAGGACGUUGGAAGUCCUUUGUGGAUUGUGGACUGAAGCAAAGCAGUGGCUAAAACAUGGAAGGAAGCGCACAAAAAGGAUGGACCAAUAAACAGACUGGAUGAUUAAUUGAGUUUACAAAGGCCAUGUUCAUCUUUGGGUUUGUUCCGACUGCCAAGAGCACCUCUUUGAGACCUUAUUUUAGGGAUCAUGACUGUAGCGCAGUGAUUUUUGUAUCAUCGACAUAUUUUCUAAGCUUUAGUAUCAAAGCAAUUCUGUGAGAGGGGAUUAAAUACUAAAUGUCAAACUGACAAAGAGGGGUGAAAUAUUUUCCACUAAAUGAGUAAAAUAGAUUCUGAGCGAGAGUAAUGGUAUGAAAAGCGAUAAUCUUAGAAAGCACAGCAAAAAACAUGUAAAACGUCUCAGCUGCCGAAACUGACAAGAAAUCCAGCAAUCACUUUUAAGGGUUACUUGAGAGACAGCGAGGGAGUUCUCAUAAAUAUUCUGACUUUCAUUCCAGUGAUCAGGUGUAACCUAAUAAAAAUAUACUUUGUAACUUUACUUUCUAUAAAAACCGGUCACAUAAAUUCAUAUUGUAGGUCUUAAUUUAAUCUUAAGCUUCAAUGCAUCACUUUUCUCUGGAUCAAUUAAACUGGGUGUUUAAUUUGU